UAGUGUUUACUGCAUGUCUGAUUUGCCUCAUCAUUUCACUCCACUCCUGGAAAACACCUUUCCGUUGACUCUGCUGCAGCCGAAGUUGUUGAAAUUCAGUCAUGAUACUUUAACAGAGACCUGAAAGUUAACGGGCGCAGGUCGGAAGAUAACAGAAGAGCGGAGAGAUGGCCAUCGCCCACGUGGCUACAGAGUAUGUUUUCAGCGAUUUUCUGCUGAAGGACCCGAACCAGGCUCGAUACCGCAGCGUCCGAACUGAGCUGGUUGUAGACAAGAUGGUGACUUGUGUGGCAGUAGGCCUGCCCCUGCUCCUCAUCUCUCUGGCCUUUGCUCAGGAGGUCUCAGUCGGAACUCAGAUCAGCUGUUUUGCUCCAACCAACUUCUCCUGGAGGCAGGCUGCUUAUGUGGACUCGUACUGCUGGGCAUCUGUACAUACACACACUCUACCUCUGUGGCUACAUAAGUUCUUUCCCUACAUUCUGCUGCUGGUGGCGGUGCUGAUGUACACCCCGGCGUUGUUCUGGAGGUUUUCUGCGGCGCCCCUCCUGCAGUCGGACCUCGGCUUCAUCAUGGAGGAGUUAGACCGGUGCUACAACCGCGCUGUCACUCUGGCCAAACGCAUGGCUACCUCAGGACUGCUCACUCCAGACAGUGACCCCACCGAGGGCUGUUUCAACUACCCGCUGGUGGAGAAGUUUCUGAUGACCAAGCGUUGCUCGCGGUCGAUGCUGUUUUACUACCUGCUGUGUCGCGGCCUGACUCUGGUCACCCUGCUGUGUGCCUGCGUCUACCUGGGCUACUACCUCCGCCUGGCCUCCCUCACCGAUGAGUUUGGCUGCACGCUGCGUACCGGCCUGCUCGCCUCCGACCCGGGCAUCCCCGACAAGGUGCAGUGUAAGCUCAUCGCUGUGGGAGUCUUCUCUUUGCUGAGCAUGGUCAACUUGAUCGUCUUCAUUGCCCUGAUCCCCGUGGUGAUCUACGCCAGCCUCCGACCCCUCUUCUGCAAUGGAUACGCCCGCUUCCUGGAAACCUACCAAUCACUGCCCACCGUGAGCGUGCUGCCCACCCCCGCUAACCAGUGGGACGAUCUCUCUCUCUAUCUGCUGUUCCUGGAGGAGAACCUCAGUGAACUCAAGUCCUACAAAUACAUCAAGGUGUGUCCAGGACUGCGUCCGAAACGAUCUGUCCAGGUGUGCUGCAUCACCUAA